UUCAGGAAGCCAUUACGCAGCUGGCUGGCGGCGGUCGGGCCGGUCAGGGCUGGGCCCUACGCACUUUGCGUAGCGAGGGGGGUUACUUAAGGCCUGGUACUUGGCCUUGAACAAGCCCUGCCUUGUCCCCCUAAAGGGGGUGGGGGUGAGAGAGAGGCGAGGCUGAAAAAGAAGAGAAGAGAAAUUGGGGCUGUUAAGGGCAUUAUAAUUUCUUUAAAAAGAGAGGAAAGGGGAGGCUAUGGCUGUCCCAGCCAAGAAGAGGAAGAUGAACUUUUCAGAGAGGGAAGUGGAGAUCAUCGUGGAGGAACUGGAACUGAAGAAGCACCUGCUGGUGAACCACUUCAAUGCUGGGGUCCCUCUGGCUGCUAAGAGUGCGGCCUGGCAUGGCAUCCUGAGAAGGGUCAACGCUGUGGCCACCUGCCGUAGGGAGCUGCCCGAAGUCAAAAAAAAGUGGUCCGACCUCAAGACCGAGGUCCGUCGCAAGGUUGCCCAAGUCCGAGCUGCUGUAGAAGGUGGCGAGGCUCCAGGGCCCACAGAAGAAGAUGGAGCUGGUGGACCUGGGACAGGCGGUGGCAGUGGUGGCAAUGGCACAGCCAUAGCUCCUGUACUGCUGACCCCAAUGCAACAGAGGAUCUGCAACCUGUUGGGUGAGGCCACCAUCAUCAGCCUACCCAGUACCACAGAGAUCCAUCCCGUGGCCCUCGGACCCACGGCCACUACAGCUGCAGCCACGGUCACCCUGACACAGAUCCCCACUGAGACCACCUACCACACGCUGGAGGAGGGAGUGGUGGAGUACUGCACAGCUGAAGCCCCUCAGCCCCUGCCGACAGAGGCCCCGGUUGAGAUGAUAGCCCAGCCUGCAGAGACCUCCGUCAAACCACAGGCACUCAAGAGCCGUAUUGCCCUCAAUUCGGCCAAGCUGAUCCAGGAGCAGCGGGUCACCAACUUACACAUAAAGGAGAUCGCCCAGCACCUGGAGCAGCAGAACGACCUGCUACAGAUGAUCCGGCGUUCUCAGGAGGUGCAGGCCUGUGCCCAGGAGCGGCAGGCCCAGGCCAUGGAGGGCACCCAGGCAGCCCUGAGUGUUCUCAUCCAGGUCCUCCGACCCAUGAUUAAAGAUUUCCGACGCUACCUACAGAGUAACACUCCCAACCCAGCUUCAGCCCCUGACCCUGGACAGGUGGCCCAGAACGGGCAGCCAGACAGCAUCAUCCAGUGAGGGCAGGGGUCAAACCGGUACUCUGCUUGUGAUUGAAGGAGACGUCUGUGGAAUUUUAAGUGGUUUCUGUGGGCAGCUUGAAGUGGGCUGUGUGGAUAGCUCCCUCUUGGAUAGGUACGUGGGGUUUGUUAGUCUGAGAAAAAUGAAGGAGACUAGGAAAAGGAAUUUGCUGGGUUCCUCGAACCCAGUCUAUCUUAGUUCAACCCCUGGAGAUGCCUUGCUGAGAAGAUUUUAGCUGGGAGCCAUGUAUGCUGGCGAUGGAACAUGGGUUGACAUGGUCUAAGGCUUGAGACAUCACCCACACUCAGUUUAAGACAACUUUAAAGACAGACUGGUUCUCGCUGGGGCUACGUCUCAGCACACGAUCGUCAGUCAGCGAGCUGCCCCACCUCAGGUACACCAUCCUUCUGAGUGCCAUCCUGCCAGUGUCGCUGGCAGAAAUGCAAUAACACCCUAAGAAGAAUGUCUCCCAGCACCACUGGGAAGUCCCGGUCCUUUCUCCCUCUCACUGUGCCUCCGUUCUCAGGGGACUCUUGACUGCUGUACGCCACAACCACCCAGGCACAGCCCAGCUCUUGGAUAUGCCCCGAGACGCAUGCAGCCGGCCUGGCUCAGGAAUGCUGCUGUGUGUUGUGGGUUGGCCACUCUCUAGUCUUCCAUGGCAUCUCUGGGUAGCUGUUCUGUAGUUUGCCCCAUCCCCAGACUUCAACACAGGUGGGCUUCCGGUGCUGUCAGUGUUAGAAGGCAAACUCCUGUGGAAUCCUGUUUCCUGCUGCAGUGUACUUGAGAUGAACCUCUAGUUUUUAUUUUGUUAUUUUUUUUUUCUUUAGAAAGCUCACUUCCUAGCCAUUCAUAUUUAUUCUAAAGAUGAACCCUUUCUGGGAGGGCUCCAGGCUCUGUGGCCACCCUUCUUUCUCCUCCUCUGGACCACAUGUCCAAAAUACAGUGCACAUAGAUCCCUGGCCCACCCAGUACUCGUCUCCCUUACUCAGUGCCUGGAGCCCUGAAGAUGCCCCCGCCCCCCUCUGGCUGAGUGAGUCCAAAGCAAGGACAACGGUCCCUGAAUGUAAGAGGUGGAAGAUAGCAAGUGGACACUUUGAACCUUGUGCUGUAGCAGGACAUAGCCCCAGAGGGCUGAAGCUCGUGUUGCCUGGCUUUCUACCUUCUCUCUGAGGCACUUACAAGAGACUCUGCCAGGCAAGGUUUAUUUGGAUCACUUUCAGACUUGAGGCCUCAGUCUCCUACGUUACUACCCCAUUCGCCAUGUUGCCGCCACAUCUGGGACACUCAUGAUUACAACUCAAAGUUCCAGAUCUUAGCCAGGCAAAGAGCCCAUGUUGCCUUUCCAGGCAUGUGCACAUAGAGAUGCUCAGCUCCACCGUGGUCUCAGGAAGAGGUCCCCUGGAAACAGUGAGGUGGCUACCCACUGUCCCCUUCUCCAAGGAGGCACGUGUAAUGCUAGCUACUGAGAGAUGGAAUGAGGUGGGGCCCCAGCAGGGUUGCUACGGGAGCCUCCUAAGGAUUUGUGACCUAGUUUGGUUCUCUGGGGUUGGAAAUCUGAGCCAAUGUUGUAUCUGUUCCAUUUGUGCAUAAAGAGGAAGCCUAGAUUACUUAAGCUAACUUGUUCUUCCCAGGUCACAACUUUAAAUUAAAGAAAUUUCCCUUUUUUAUACACA